CUCUUAAUUUGCCUUCAGCAUAUGGUAGACGCACUUGGAACUUCCAUUUUAUCCGUGAUACUUCCGAGUCUGAAAUCAGAUUGGGAUAUGUCUUCAAUCAUGGCUGGGGUAUUGACACUCUCGAUAUCUGUCGGAAUGAUGGCAGGUUUUACGUUUUGGGGUUGGGUGUCGGACAAAUACGGGAGAAAAUGUUCACUUAUUGGCAGUACGACGUUCAUACUCGUUUUCUCAUUUGUGGGUGCGUUUUCAGCGAACUAUCACUGGCUUUGGAUAAGCCUAUUCUUUGUCGGCUUCGGGGUGGCGAUUAUAGAUGUAGGUUACAUUGUGAUAGUGGAGUUUUUCCCGCCGAAACAUGGAACUAUGUUUUCUGUAUUAACUACAAUCUUUUGGAGUGUAGGAUUUCUAUUUUCGGCUGUCGUUUCAAUGGAGAUUUCGGUGAUCGGUUAUCAUUGGGCCCUGGCUACUGUGUGUUUUCCGACAGCAAUUGUCCUUAUCGGUCUGAUAUGUCUCCCAGAGACUCCCUAUUAUCGCCUUGCAGCUGGGGACGAGCAGAAAGCUUUGAACAUUUUACAAGAUUUGGCGCCUGAAAUGGAUUUCAGCGACACAACACUUCGGAAACACAGUCCUGAGACACAGAGAGCAGAUUUCACACAGCUAUUUCGAUCAGGUUAUUGGAAAAUAACAAUAUGCGCCUGUAUCGCGUGCUUCGGAACCCUGAUGAUGUAUGACGGUUUAAUAUACACCGCGUCUGACGUUGCAGGCAGUAAAAAAUUUACAUCUUCAAAGACUGGUACACGAAACCGCGAUAAGAUGUAUUCCAUUAUGACCUGGAUGAACUUGCCUGAGAUUAUGAUCGUUUUCAUAACUGGUUUAAGUUGCUACGUUUUCAAAAUAAAAAUCUUAACCCUGAUUAUUAUAGUCUUGGCACUUUUAUCACAGAUUAUCGCUUUGUUUGUCGUAAACCAUAGAAUGCCAUUACUUAUAGCCACAAUGUUAUCUCGAGGUUUCCUUGUGACAAACACAUGUCUAAUGCCGUUGUAUACAUCGCUGGUUUACCCGACAGAAAAUCGUAGCAUUGGAGUUGGAGUUUGUGCGUGUGUUGGAAGCAUUGGGACAAUUCUAGGACCGUUCAUCUUCGAGACAUUCUUUGCCCAAAAGUAUCUCAACGGAAUUGUAUUUAAUCUUGUGAUAUUAUCGGUGACAAUUAUAGCAACUGUCUUGCUGCCGUCGCAAAGCGCCACCCUAAGCUAA